AAAUGUCAUGCUUCUGAAAAUGAAGGAAGUACUACAGAGUGUGCCAAAGUUCUGUUUCCCCUUUGACGUUGAAAGGGUGUCUCAAAAUCAAGUUGGACAGCACUUUACCUUUGUACUAACAGACAUUGAAAGUAAACAGAGAUUUGGAUUCUGCAGACUCACAUCAGGAGGCAAAAUUUGUUUAUGCAUCCUUAGUUACCUGCCAUGGUUUGAAGUGUAUUACAAGCUUUUAAAUACUCUGGCAGAUUACUUGGCUAAGGAACUGGAGAGUGAUUUGAAUGAAACUCUCAAGUCCCUGUAUAACCACCCAGUACCAAAGGCAAAUACUCCUAUCAACUUAAGUGUGAACCAAGAGAUAUUUAUUGCCAGUGAGCAAGUUCUGAAAGAUCAACCCUCCCUAGCACCGCAUUCCUACUUCAUUGCCCCUGAUGUAACUGGACUCCCAACAAUACCCGAGAGUAGAAAUCUUACAGAAUAUUUUGUUGCUGUGGAUGUGAACAAUAUGCUGCAACUGUAUGCCAGUAUGCUACAUGAAAGGCGCAUCAUUAUUACCUCCAGAAAAUUAAGCACUUUAACUGCCUGUCUCCAUGGAUCAGCUGCUCUGCUCUACCCAAUGUACUGGCAGCACAUAUACAUCCCAGUGCUUCCUCCACACCUGCUGGACUACUGCUGUGCCCCAAUGCCAUACCUGAUUGGAAUACACUCCAGCCUCAUAGAGAGAGUGAAAAACAAAUCAUUGGAAGAUGUGGUUAUGUUAAAUGUUGACACAAACACUUUAGAAUCACCGUUUAAUGACUUGAGCAACCUACCGAGUGAUGUGGUCUCGGCCUUGAAAAAUAAACUGAAGAAGCAGUCUACAGCUACGGGUGAUGGAGUAGCUAGGGCCUUUCUUAGGGCACAGGCUGCUUUGUUUGGAUCCUACAGAGAUGCACUGAGAUACAAACCUGGUGAGCCUAUCAGUUUCUGUGAAGAGAGUUUUGUGAAACACCGCUCAAGUCUGAUGAAGCAGUUCUUGGAAAUGGCAGUUAACCUUCAGCUUUUUAAGCAGUUCAUCGAUGGUCGACUGGCAAAGCUAAAUGCAGGAAGGGGUUUCUCUGAUGCAUUUGAAGAAGAGAUCACUUCAGGUGGCUUUUGUGGAGGGAGCCCAAGGUCAUAUCAACAGUGGGUGCAUACAGUCAAGAAAGGAGGUGCCCUGUUCAACACAGCAAUGACCAAAGCAACUCCUGCUGUAAGGACAGCAUAUAAAUUUGCAAAAAAUCACGCAAAGCAGGGAAUAAAGGAAGUGAAGAGUAAGCUAAAACACAAGGAAAACGAGGAAGAUUAUGGGGCCUGUUCUGGUUCUGUACAAUAUACUCCAGUUUACAUGUUACAGAAUGAAAAGGGAGGACACCUAGAAAAGCGUAAGCUUGCCCAGGUAAGAUUAUCUAUCCUUAGUGGCACCACCUUCUAAAAUUAUAUAAUUCUCUCUCAUAUAGGUCACUGUGAGUUGUAAUCAACUCGAUGGCACAACAACACGGAAUUCUUCAGGGACAAUUUUGGACCCAUUAGUUUUUAGCUUAUGAUAAAAAAGCCUGUACUUUUAGUCAAGGGUGGGAGUAGAUGGCAUGCGGGCAGACUGUAAGGGGCUCAGGAAUAAGAUGCUGCAGAUUUCAGUCUCUACAGAUUCAUUAAGGCGUACCUUCAUGAACAUUAAGGCUUACCGUUCAGUAAGGGAGAGAGACCAUUAAAUGCAUGAUUGCUGUGGAGUAUGAAUGAGCAUAGUGAUGAACAGAACAUCCCAGAUUUCCUUCACUACAAAAAUAAAAUGAAAUUUAUACAUGGGAAUUUGACCAUUAAAAUAAGCUAUGAAAAUUAAUUAGAGUAGGAAGUAAUAUGUGUCUGUUUUUCUAAGGUUAGAUAUUUGCUACAAACAUUUAAAGUUUCUGCUUAUCUAAAAAUAUUGUCCUGAAGUGGGAAAAUGAUCAGAAUCAUAGCUAGAUGUGUCUCUGAUUUUGCAUCAUAGGUGUGUUUCUAAAAGUUUUAACUAAACAAAAUUUGUAUAAACCAAAUCAGGUUUUAAGUGGCCUUAGAAAACUACCUUUUAAAAAGAAUUCUGGAGUAGAUUAUAGGUACAAAAUUACAAAACUGGGAGAGGCCAUAGCAUUUUAUUUAGUACAGUUGCCAAAAUUUACAGAUGAGGAUGUUGAUAACCAGAAUGGUCCCAGCACUUGUCCUUAAGUCUGGUAGCUGGGGAGUGGCAGAGGGGGCUGAGAACCCACCUCUAAUGCUCCUUUAGCUUUCCUGGAUACCCCGGCACUGCAGGAAUAAGAUGGCCAUAAAGAAAAAGUACUUCCCCAUGUCUUUAAAAAUGAGAAGAAAUACAGUAAGGCUGUACUAAAUCCCUACCUAAAACUAAAACAAAAAAUCUCUGCCCUCAUGGAAAUAUUUUUGUCAUACAUUAAGUGUCUUCUCAGGCAUCCAUCUUAUAAUGCUGAUAUUUUCGUAUGUUAGAACUGCUUAGUAAUCACUGGAUUGGCAGUGAAUGCUCACUGUAUGACCUAAAAAAGCCCCUCAGUAAAAUAAUUAUUCUGGGAAUGUAGAAACCUUUUUUGGCCACUACCCUUAACUAGAAAACAUUUAUUGACUUAUAACUUAAUGGAUUUGCUACUGAUUUCUCUAGUUUUUAUCCUAUCACAGUGUGUGUAAUUGCUUGUCUAUCUGUUCUCAAGUGUUAGCAUCUUAAACAGUUUUGUCUAAUGUGUUCUGCCUUAAUAUUGGAACAUUUUGGUUAUGCUUAGCAUGAUGAAUAGAUUUUUAUGUGAAAAAAAGUGACCUUUGUUAUCCGUAUGAUUCUGUAAGAUAAAAAUACUUAAAUUGGAAAACACCUUUCCAAAAUGUCAUUUUUAAGUUAAAAAUAUUAUCUGCUCCUCAUACUUAAAUUUCUAAGUCUUCCUUUCAUUUAACCUAAUGUAACAUUUUUAUGAUAAUUUAGUUCUACAAUAUUAUUACUGAUUGAUUGUUUUCUGUUAAUUCUUAGAGAUGCAAGUUCCGAGAGAGAAAAAUGUGUUAGGUUACAGAACACCCUAUAAGACAAUAGGUUGUGUCUGUUAUAUACUUAUACUGAAUCCUCAGGGCUAUCAUUUAUUGUAAUAUCAUUAAUUCAGUUACAUUCAUUAAUUAGCAUUUUAUGGUUUUGAGAUGGACAUAAAAAUGUUGACAUUAAUAAGAAUUAAGAGAAGUAGGGCUUAUUCUAUUAGGUACUCUACUUUUCUUAUUUGUUUAUAGGAAUUUGUUAAACCAAUAUAUUUAAUAUUAUUAAGCAGAAACUGAUAGUAUCUUCAUAAUAAUUUUUACUUUAAGUGAUAAAUAUCUGUCAGCUAUAUAUACCCGAUAUAUAUGUUUCUUGUCAUACAUGUACCUCAUUGUAUAAACAGAUGUAUGUAUCUGUGUGUGCAUGCAUUUUAACAGCUAAAUUUUUUAAGCAUUCCUAUUUCUAAUCACUUAUGACCUAAUAAUAUUUAUUUUAAUUUAAUGUUUUGCUUGUAAUUUUUCUGUAGUUGAAGUUUGGUCGUUUAGUUUUAGAGUCACGUGUACACUUAUCAAAGAGCUAGACUUCUGAUUUUGCAAUUUCUUCCUUGCUGCUUUCCACCCAUAUUUUUCCCCCAGGAUACCAGAAUCCAUGUUUUCUUGUAAUAUUAAUUUUGUUUCUUUGAGCUGAUAGUUACAGUGCUCUGAAAUGAUGGCCAGUUUGUGACUGGCAGCUCAUUUGUAAGUCCCUAGGUGGUACAAAUGGUUAACGUGUUCGCCUACUAACCAAGAGGGUGGAGGUUCAAGUCUACCCAGAAGCACCAUGGAAGAAAGGCCUGGAAAUUUACUUCCAAGAAAUCAGCCAUUGAAAAUCUUACGGAGCACAGUUCUACUUUAACACACAUGGGGCCACCAUGAGUCAGAAUCGACCUGACAGCAACUGGUACUGAUUAGCUUAUUUAUAAAAGCAUAGCAUGGUGCCUUCAAAUUAAAAUUAUCAUGCAAUUCCUGAUUUGAAUUAUUUUUUUAAUUCCUUAGUGUUAGCAAACAUACAAAUGAAGUUAAACAAAAUGGAGGCAUUUAUUAUAAGGAUAUAGGAGCUUCUUUGGACAUCCAAGCAGAAGAAUGUACUUAGACCUCUGGUAGGACUGGAACUAGAAAAUGGAAGAAUCAGUCAGAGAAGGAAAUGAGACACCUGCCUGUCUCUCUGCCUGUCUCUCUUUCUCUCAACGACACCUGGCCUGUUAGUCUCUCUGUGUCUCUGCAUAUUGUGCAUUCUGUACACUGGCUGUCUCUUCUCCACUGUGUCUCUGACACAGAGCUUGCAGGCUUUCUGUUCAAGCAGCCACAAAAAAUGGACUACAAUUCCUGAAUCCAAAAUCCAGAGGGGAGAAGGAGAAGAAAAAUAAAUAGUAUGUAAGUGUAACUACAAGAGAACUGGGAGAGGCAGAAUUGACCACAGUUAGUCAAGCUGAAAAUUGAACCUGGCAUUGCAAAAUUUGCCCUUAUGCCAAAGGAUUUCCACCAUCAGAAAUAACCGUUCUUCUCCAGCUUAGGAGAAAGAGAACAUCUCAUUCAACAUUAAAUCUUUGUUGAAGACACUUGUUGAAAAGACUCACAACCAGUUAAUGGAAGACUGCCACCUAUUGGACCACCAAUACCUGAUUGUGGGAAAUAAUCAACAUUUAUUUCAGUAUUCCUGUGUUCCUGAGUUCCUUGGUCCUUUGCCCCGCUUACCCAGCUAUUUCUAAAAGUAGUUUCUACUCCACAAGCCAUGUGAUAGUGGAUUAUUUACUUUUUAGUAUCUGAAUGUCAAUGAAAGAUGUUGGUUUCCACCUGGCCUGUUCUUCUCUCUGCAUACCUGUUCAUUGUGCAUUCUGUACGCUGGCGUUUUCUGCCUCCCUUGCCCCUGACCCAGAGCUUGCUGCUCUUCAAGUAACCCCUAGAAAUGGAGUAUAAUUCCUGAAUCAUAAAUCCAUAUUUAUUUUGGAAGAAUAUAGUCAGCACACUUGUAUCAGGCAUUAAUCUUGGUUCCAUCAAUGCAAGCCAAAGCAGAAGGCAGAGUACCAUCUUACUAAGGACACCAGGGGUGGUAGGAGCAAGCAGGGAAAGCAGUUCACAGAGAAAGGGUUUUAUGGGCUGUGGCAAUCUCUUAAACGAUGUCUACUAAUUCUAAUUGCCUUAUAAUCAUAUUUGGCAAAAAAUCUAUAUUUUUAAAUACUUGGAGGCUGGAUCUUUGUAUCACAAAUCUGAAGCUUCAUAAGUUUAACAUCAGCCUAUCCACAUGGGUUGCUGGAUAGUUUACCUUUGUAUUUUGGUAAGGAAAUCAAGAGGGGGCAGCCUUUUCUUUGUGGCCUGAUAUCUCAGAAACUUGCUUGCUUCACAUUUUGGAAAUAAUCUCAUUGAUUUUAAUCAAAAUAUGAUCCCCGUGUGUUAUGGAAGAUACAGAAAGCUGAUGGUAGAACCAUGAGCAUAUUGAUUUAUGCUAAUUACCAGAUCAAUGAGUACUCUUACCCCCAACUCUCCAAGUGUGAUAAGAAUAAGAUCUGGCCAUAUUAUGACUUUCAGUUAAAUACAUAAGUAUUUCAAGAAAUAGUUAUGUGUAGUUAAAGGCAAGAUCUAGAUAUCAAUAAAUAUGUCAGAGACCCUAGUAUUUGUUUACUUAUAUUCCACCUAUUUCCAAAAAUAAUUUGACAACUUUAAAAAAGUAAUAGAAUAAAGAAUAAAAUUUGUUUAGAUUAUAUAAGAGUUAAGACAGAGAGAAAAUAAGUGUAAUAGGUAGCUGUUAAGGUGCAUUCCCUUGCUGAGCAAGCUGUAUGAAGAGAGGAACACAGCUGCAUGAUUCAUGAUGCCAAAGGUUACCAAAAACAGUCGCUCAGGAGACGCACAAACACUGAGAAACAGGAACGGGGCUAGAUAAUUGCAGAUCCACAGAUGAAGUCAGUGUCGCAAGAGCUCCUAGUUUAUUGGAAGGACCUAAUAGAGGCAGAGAUCUGUUUCAUGAGACGGAAGUUUGAUUUUCUUUAUUUGGUCUCUUCUGUGCAUUUUCUACUUUUGAGAUGUUCAGGUUCAUUAAUACCUCUCUCAAAGACAGCUUAGGGUCCUAGCCAUUGCCUUAGCAUUCACAGGAGAGUUGUGCCACUUUAACAAAAACAAACAAGCAAAAAACAGGCUACAGAUGAACAUAAACUUAGAAUAUACUCUUUUCUUCCCUGUGUAAAGCUCACUGAGCCAGUGGAGUAACAUCUCUUUCUAAUGUUAAAACCAAAACCAAACCAAACCAGUUGCCGUCCAGUCAGUUCCGACUCAUAGUGACUCUACCAGCCUCUCAGUAAUGCCUCAAAAGGGCUCCAUCUUAUAUUAAAAUAACUAAACUCUUUUAAAGAUUUGCCAUAUGGUGAAUUUAUUACCUAGAGCAAUAUUCGGUGGGGACCUAUAGGAUUUGGUGAUCCAGAUAAUUUUGAUGUUCUUACUAUUAUUUCCCAAACCUCAAUUUUGAUAAAGUUGAAAUCAUUUAAAAGUACAACAGAGCAGCCUUGGAAAACAUGGGGAAGAAGGGAGACGUAGUUCCUUGAUAACAGUGAGGCUGUCUGGUUAUAUUUGUAUAUAUUACAUUACUCAUUGAAAACUCCCAACAGUCCAUUUAGAGUAGGAACUAUUAUCCCUAUUUUACAGAUUUAGAAGUAGAGGGACAAACAGAUUAAAAAAUGUGCCCAAAGUUUUAUAGGUAAUCAAUAGCAGAAUAGGGAUUCAAAAUCAGACAAAUUGAUUCUAGAUCUUUAAAUACUUGACCACUGUAUUAGGGUACCUUUCUAGGGCUUGGAGUGCUUAUAGAAGAGGGCAGUUAAAGACAAGGGCAUGGAAUUUAGAGCCAGACAGACCUUGAUUUUGAAAAAGGUACUAGUAUUUAGCACUGGGCAAAACAUAACGUCCCCAAACCUUGCUUUCUACAUUUGCAAAAUGAUAAUAACAACAUGUGUCGUUUUCCUGGGCUGCUGUAGGCAUUAUAGGUAAUGCAUAUAUGAUAUCUGGCAUAUAAUAGACACUCAGUUAUUGGCAGAUAUUCAUAUAUACAUAUACACAUCUAUUAACCUUCAGAUCUUUUAUAGCAAUGACACCAUCUGAUAUUCUUUCUUGGUAGCUACUGCCUGGAGUCACUAACGAACCUCUAGUCACUAAAGUCGUGGGGGCCCUAAAAAUAUCCAUCUUCAUUCUAAGUAGGUAUGGCUUUAGAUUCCAGUAUGUGGCUUGGAAAAAAAUAUACAGCUUGUUGUACUGAAAAAUCCCUUGGCUUAUCAGACCUCAGCUAUGCCAUUUUAUUGUCAAUAAAAUUAUCUAAGUAAAGAAUGUGGACUUCACUUACGCCAGCUGUGUAGAUUAUCCAUUUGAGAAGUCUGAUCUCAGCUGUAUAAAGAACUUCCCUUUGCAUUGCUAGGCUUAUCAAUGAAAGACUUUAUGUCUCUCAAAAGAUGAAAAUGAGAUUAUGAUAAUUUGAAUUUUAAGAGUAUAUUUUAAAGUUAAAAAAAUAAAGUUUUGUAAUCUAGGAACUGUAGAAUAGAACAAAGAUCUAAAUGUAUCUUGUUUAACCUGUGUUCCAUAACUUAUUUUUGGAAUAGAUUGUGAAUCUGCAGUCCACCUCAACAAAUAGUCAUUUGUGUGCUGGUGUGUUAAUUAGUAUGGUUAUUUCCCGUUUUGUUGAUGAGGCUUAAAUAAAUGUCAAGGGUACAGCCACGGAGAUCUCCCAAUUAGGCUUCACAUUUGUAAAGACCAACCCUGUUCGCUUUUGUGUGAAGAUGACAGUUCCAACAGCAGCCCCAGCCUAACAGGACUCCAGGGAAAGGAUCUUCGUCUGGUUUUAUUGAAAACAAGGCCAGUAAGUCCAGUGAGAAUACCGCCACUGGUCAUGGUGCAGAACAGUUUUAAUCCUGACUACAUACGUACUUCUUCCAUCAAUUUUAUUUUUGAACAGAAUACUGAAGACUUAAUGAUUACUGUUUAGAUCAUUAAGUCUGUCAUUGAAAUUAUGUUUUAAAAUAUUUUACCUUUGAAAAUUUGUAUUGGAAUUCUCUUUUCCAAGAAUAAGAAAUUCCUUUAAAUGUAAAAUUUAUCUAGAUCUAAGACACGGUUCCAUCUUUAAUAAUGUUAGCCAUUCUUGGCUUAGUCUAAGCAAUUAGAACGUGUAUGUCUGUAUCUGUGCGUCUGCAUGACAUGCACUCACACACGCAUCAACUAGACUAGUGAACCAGCAGGGAGCUUGGUUGUACUGCAAGUCGACAUUAACAGAUGGAUGGCCCUAAGCAAGGCAAAACCACCACAGCAACAUCUAGUGGAAGUGGAGGAUUGAAGCUUUUUAUUGUUAAGCCUUAUUAAAACCCUGGCACACAUAUCACUUUAACUAUUUCAUGUCUGGGACAAAUAGCAACCCACUCAGAUUUUCAACCUGUCCAAUUAAUUAUGCCAAAGCAGCAUCAGAAGAUAUGAAUGGAAGGUUAUUUUUCCAUUUAUGAUAUGGUAUAAAGCAGUGUGCCUGUUCAUAAAUACCCCUACUUAGAAUGUAGUCGAGACUUUAACCCAAAUACACUGUUUGCAAAUAGAAAGAUGUUUAAUAGCCCUAAUUGCUGUUAAGAAGACCAAGUGCUAUUAAACUGUGGUCAUUUAUUCUAUUUCUUCAAAUAUAUUCCCAUGCAGAUUAGUAGUUUGAGAAUAAAUAGUUAUCUUUUGAAUGCUAUGAAGAGUGAACAGUAAAGAUGUUCUCACCAUAAAAUAUAAUUGAUCUAUGUGAUUUUCUUUUUUACCCAUUAUACAAGGUGGUAUGCACACUUAAAACUUUGCUAUCAAUUUCAAUUCUUAUAUAUCUAAUGGCUUAUAAGUCAUUCUAAUGAAUUUAUGGACUAUAGUACAACACCUGUCAGCUCAUUUUAUAAUUGAUAAGUAAUGUACUUUCAUCUUUAAAGUAUAUACUCAGAAGUUACAGUACCUUUUGGCACACAGAGACUUGCAAGUCAGGUAUUUCAAAGCUGGGUUUUAGGUGAAUGGAGAUUUAAGAGAAAUCCCCAUCUGUUAGUGUCUUUAAGAAAAAUAUGAGCAAUCAGAUGGUAUAUAUCUUGUAGAUAAUAAAUCUCAUAUUUUAAAAUAUUUGCAAAUGAAAUUAAGUUUUUGUGAAAUUUACAAGAAAAGAUAAAAACUUAAAGAUUGUCUAAAUUGCAUUCUUUCCCAGCAUAAUAAAUGAUUGUAUACUCAAAAUGUUCUGGUAGGGUGUGGUUCAUAGUAUUAUGUUUGUGACACACUUUUCUUUGUAGGAAUUCAGUGGACUUUGGGAAUAAAAUCAAUUUGAUUAAAGGUAGUGAUUCUUGCUCAGGUGAUACAAUAGAUUUCAAAAAAUGGCACACUUGUUAGAAUCUUUGGAAGAAUACAGUCCAUUGAAUAGCUUUGUUCUAUUGGUCAGGAAAGAAAUGUCGUAGGCGUCAUUUUUGGUGGGCAUAGCCACUUGCUUUUCCUGACCAAGAAAAAGUGAUUGUAAAUUACAAGGUGAGAAAGAGAAUCAUGGCCUGAGGGGGGGAAAUGUGUGUAGGGGGAGGAGACCCAGGUAAUUGGAAAUAAAGCUGAAUGUAGAUUUUAUGAAAUAAUAAAAAGUUUAACUAAAUCAUGAUUUUAAAAAACCCUUAAUUUUUGUAUUUUGUGCACUUUGUUUAAUUUGGCUCUAUAUUGAGAACACUAUUACUAUGAUCAAGCUAAAAUCUCAGAUUAAAGGGAUAAGGAAAUCUGUUGGAAAGCUUCAAAUGGUAAAAUGUUUCUGAAAUAAAUUAAUGUGUUCCUAUUAACAGGUGCCUAUGUAAAAAUACUGCCUAAAUGAAAACAUAUUUUAGAAGUGUUCAUCCCAGAGUCACUGUUUCACAUAGGAUCUUUCUAAUCGAAUUUAAACUAAUGUCCGUAAUUAUAAAAUUGGUACUUUUAGUCCACUUUGAAAAAUAUGGAUACUAUGUUGUAAAUCUGAAAACAAGCCCUUAUUUUCUCUGCUGUGUCUCUGUUGAAAUAAUAUUAAUUUCCAACAUGUCGAAUUUCAUUAUAGUUAAA